AUGAGAUACGCCGCCCAAGCCGCUAACCCAGCCAAGUCUGCUUCUGCCAGAGGUUGUUACUUGAGAGUUUCUUUCAAGAACACCAGAGAAACCGUUCAAGCCAUUAACGGUUGGAAGUUGGACCGUGCCCUCCAGUACUUGGACCAGGUUUUGGACCACAAGAGAGCCAUUCCAUUCAGAAGAUUCAACUCUUCCAUCGGUAGAACCGCCCAGGGUAAGGAGUUCGGUGUCACCAAGGCCAGAUGGCCAAAGAAGUCCGUUGAAUUCGUUCAGGGCUUGUUGAAGAACGCUGAAGCUAACGCUGACGCCAAGGGUUUGGACACCACCAAGUUGGUCGUUUCCCACAUCCAGGUUAACCAGGCUCCAAAGCAGAGAAGAAGAACUUUCAGAGCUCACGGUAGAAUCAACGCCUACCAGUCCUCUCCAUCCCACAUCGAGUUGAUUGUCACCGAACAGGACGACAACGUCGAGAAGGCUCCAGAGGCCAAGGGUGUUAAGUUGACUUCUAGACAGAGAGGUAGAAUCGCUUCUCAGCAGAGAAAGAUUGCUGCUAAGUAA